GCUUAUUGUCCCAACAUAUUUGAGAAUUAUAUCAAGUUGCAUUUGUUAAAGACUAAAUGAGUCGUACCAUUUGCUAAAAGUUUCAUUCUGUGUAGUCUUGAUUCCCAAGUGAUGUCAGUUUCAAUUUAAGAUGACUUUAAAACUAGAUAAAAGAUACAUAAUAUUUAAGGUGAAGAUGGUUUGACUUUCACAAAUUCCCACUUGAAAUUAUAUUAUAUAUUGAGAUAGUGCUAUUAUGAUCCGAAAUAGAAGGCAAACAGUCAUCUUAGGUACAUUCCCAUGGUGACUAUAAAUAAAGGAGACUCAACAAUGAAAAAUCAUACUCACUCGUAAACCCCCUUAAACCAAAGCACAUAGAGAAAGUUAUCUCAAAUGGCUCAAUAUAGCCCACAUCUCAUUGUUGUAGCCCUCCUCUUAGGGCUACACCAUAUAAUGGUUGCUGCAGCUCCAACUCCUUAUCCAACUACCCCCGAAAUCCCUUAUCCUCCAACAAUACCUACUACUCCAACACCAACAGCACCAUCUGGAACACUCCCAACACCAUCACCUUAUCCUCCAGCAUCGCCUACUACUUCACCACCAGCAACACCAUCCCCAAAAGACCCGAAACCAUCACCUUCUACUCCAAAACCCCAAAAACCAUCCCCUAGUACUCCAUCACCCGCAACGCCUUCCCCAAAACACCCAAAGCCAUCACCUUCUACUCCAAAACACCCAAAACCAUCACCAUCACCAGUAACACCAUCACCUUAUCCUCCAACAUCGCCUACUACUCCGUCACCAAAAACACCAAAACCAUCACCUUCUACUCCAAAACCCCCAACGCCAUCACCUGUAACACCUUCUCCAAAACCCCUAACACCAUCAACGCCAUCUCCCACCACUCCAACACCAUCACCAUCGACACCUUAUCCAACACCCCCAAAACCAUCACCAUCGGUAACACCAUCCCCCACUAUUCCAUCACCAACAACACCUUCUCCAACACCACCUACCCCUACUCCAUCUCCACCAUCACCAACAACUCAUACACCUUAUCCUCCUCCAACCCAAUCUGAUGAUGCUGGAGUCAAAAGGGCUAGAUGUUGGAAUAAGAACUAUCCUCAAUGUUACAAUACUGAACAUAUAUGUCCCAAUGCCUGUCCUGGUGGAUGUGAAGUCGACUGUGUAACCUGCAAGCCAGUUUGUAAAUGUGACCAACCUGGAGCAGUGUGCCAAGAUCCUCGUUUCAUAGGCGGGGAUGGUAUCACUUUCUACUUCCAUGGCAAGAAAGAUCACGACUUUUGCCUAUUAUCUGAUUCUAACCUCCAUAUAAAUGCCCACUUCAUUGGAAAGCGUAACUCAAAUAUGAAAAGAGACUUCACUUGGGUUCAAUCAAUUGGAAUUCUCUUCGGUAAGCACCGACUCUCCAUUGGCGCACUUAAAACUGAUACAUGGGAUGACUCAGUUGACCGUCUCUUCAUCACCUUCGAUGGUGAGCCAAUUAUCCUACCAGAAUCUAAAGGUGCUCGGUGGCAAUCCAACAAUGUCCCAAGCAUUUUUGUAGUAAGAGGUGUUGACACUAAUAAUGUCAUGGUGGAGGUUGAUAGAAUCCUUAGAAUCACAGCAAAGGUUGUGCCUAUAACUGAAGAGGACUCAAGGAUUCAUAAUUAUGGUAUAACGAAAGAGGAUACAUUUGCCCAUCUCGAACUCAGAUUCAAGUUCUUCUCUUUAAGUAAUGAAGUAACUGGUGUGUUAGGCCAAACAUAUAGGCCAGACUACACUAGUCGUGUGAAUGUUGGGGCAAAAAUGCCUAUAAUGGGAGGAGAAAGAGAUUUUAAAACUUCAAAUUUGUUUGCCACUGAUUGUGUUGUUGCAAGGUUUAAGGGUAUUAACAAUAAAGAAGAAGAUACUUUGGAAGGUUUAGAACUACCAAGCUUAAGUUGUGGUAGUGGAAUAAACGGACAAGGAGUUGUAUGCAAGAAAUGAGAUUGAUUUUCUCUAUAUUGUCACAAAUGGUAAUAUAUUCAUUUUUCAGCAAAUAAAAUAAUUACAUAAAAUGGAAAGUCAAUGAGACUAUUCAGUGUAAUCUGUUCUCUUAGAGAUGAAUUUAUAUAAUUUUAUUUU